UUGGUUCACGUAAACAUGGCAGCGAUCACAAUGAAAUAUGAAGGGUGCAAUUUCUUCAGGCAGAGACUUGUCCUAGCAACAUUAAGUGGGAAACCAGUUAAAAUAGUUAAAAUAAGACACAAAGACGAUGAUCCUGGACUUCGAGAUUUUGAAGCAAGUUUAAUCCGACUACUAGAUAAAGUUACAAAUGGAUCAAGAAUUGAGGUCAAUGAAACAGGAACCAGUGUAUUAUACCAGCCUGGCUUGCUGAGUGGAGGAACUAUUGAACAUGACUGCAGUACACAACGGGCUAUUGGCUACUAUCUAGAAGCACUGGUUUGCCUGGCUCCCUUCAUGAAGAAGCCAAUCAAAGCUGUGCUUCGUGGGGUUACCAAUGAUCAGGUUGACCCUUCGGUGGAUAUCAUCAGAACAGUCACGUUUCCCAUCCUAAGAAAGUUUUACAUUGAUGAAGGUCUUGAGCUAAAGAUCACACGUAGAGGAGCACCCCCGGGAGGAGGUGGGGAGGUCAUCUUCAAAUGUCCCAUCAAGAAAACACUAAGACCCCUGCAGUUUACUAAACCUGGAAAGAUCAAGCGGGUCCGAGGAGUAGCAUAUGCUAUGCGUGUAUCUCCUUCCGUCGCUAAUCGAAUUGUUGACGCAGCCCGUAGUAUUCUGAACCAAUUUCUGCCCGAUAUCUACAUCUACACUGAUCAUAUGAAGGGUCCACAGUCGGGAAAAUCUCCAGGGUUUGGCUUGUCAUUAGUUGCUGAAACCACAGAAGGUGCAUUCCUGAGUGCUGAACUCUCGUCCAAUCAGCAGGGCCAGACUCCCACAAUUCCAGAGGACCUGGGCAAGCAGACGGCAAUGUUAUUGAUGGAAGAAAUCUACAGGGGAGGCUGUGUGGAUUCCAGACAUCAGAGCUUGACACUUCUUCUGAUGGCUCUUGGCCAGUCAGACGUCUCCAAACUACUCACCGGUCCACUCUCACCGUACACGAUCCAGUUUAUGCGCCACAUGCGAGAUUUCUUCCAACUCAUGUUCAAGAUGGAGGUGCAGCAAGGCAGUCAAGGGGAGGAGCAAGUAACUGAGGAGGAGGAAGGGCAAAGGAGGGGCGGAGACAAGGUCAUUCUUACAUGUGUAGGGGUUGGCUUCACAAACCUCAGCAAGACAACGUUAUGACCAUUCCUGAGCCUAUUUCUAGAAAUGUUGAGGCGAGUUCCCUAGUUGAAUUUGAUGUUGUAACUUGAACUCGACAUCAUCAAUUUGAAUUUGUGGCCCACUCAACAGGCUUUCUGUGACUACAGCUUUACUCUUUAACUGUAAAACAUGACAAGCCAUAUAGAUCCAAGCUCUUCCUGGUUAACAAGUAUAAAGGCUUUACUUCUAAUAGUCUUAAAGAACAGUUAUUUGAAUCAGGAAUCAUGUAAAAUGGUCAAAGAAGCAACACCUGGCAACAUUUUGACAAUGCGAAAUGUGACCAACUUCUUGCCAUUUAUUGCAUUGGUUAAAUACCACUUUUACUGUUUGAGGAACAGUUUGGUUAUGGAACAGAAGCAUAUAUUACAUAUGCAAGUCAUUAAACAUGAAAUAUUGUUGAGCAGAUGCCUUCUUCAGUUACACUGAGCAUUUUCUGAGCCCUGCUCUGAGUCUACUGUAUAGACCACAUCACCUGUGAUAUCAUGCAGACCACAUCACCUGUGAUAUCAUGCAGACCACAUCACCUGUGAUAUCAUGCAGACCACAUCACCUGUGAUAUCAUGCAGACCACAUCACCUGUGAUAUCAUGCAGACCACAUCACCUGUGAUAUCAUGCAGACCACAUCACCUGUGAUAUCAUGCAGACCACAUCACCUGUGAUAUCAUGCUUGUUGGUUGGGCUCUUGCUGUUAAGCAUCAACAAGCAAUCAAAUCAACAAAUAAUACAAGCUCUGUCUUAAAAAAAAAUUAGACUUCUAAAUACAUUCAAUAUUAAUACGUUUAUUUGAAAUGAUGUUUGAAUGUGAUAUUUUGAGGGACACAGUACAAAAGCCACAGUGCUGUUCAUGCAGCCGUACUGGCUGCUAUCUCGGUGUGCGAUUGAUCUAGGAAAACACAGAAGAUGGCAAGUUCCACUCUGUGAGAUUUGUUUGUUUUCAUGUGAGACAAUGAAUAUGAAUUUGUCCACUUUUUUUAUUACAGGGAUGUGAGAGUCUUUUAAGAGUGCACUUCCAGGUUGUUGAUACCCUGUUGACACUGAAUUUGUUUGCUGACACUUGUUGAUGCUAAAUUGCAUGACUAUAUGGUUGCCAACAAGCAACACCACCAAAUCGUGCAUCUCUUUUUAGCUGCUGUCAUAGAAAUCCACUGCAGUAUUAAGAGGAGAAGGUUGCCUUUAUCAGUGAAACUAGGCUUUGUAAAGCCACAACAUGCUGUAGUUUUGUAAACAAAUGUCCUAAAACCAUGAGUUCGUGUUUCCUACACCUUGAAAUGGCAACAAUAUUCAAAUUUCUCUUGCAAACUAGUCUUAUUUGGGAAUUCUUUUUUAUCAAGAACAGUUAACAAGAAUUAAAUAUUAUCUUAUGUUGCUGCUGUCAUUACACUUUUAGGUAGCACUGUGCUAUUAAGUUUAUUCAAGAAGCAAGAAAUCUCCAUGAGAUGAUUCACAAUUUUCAAGGAAAUGCAACAGAUGAUAGUGACCAGAGCCUUUUUCAAGUUGUUUAGAAAGGGGAGGGGGUGUUUUGCAGCUCCCAAGAUUCUGGCCAACUAAAAAUAAUACAGGCCCCCGACUUACUCCGUACCAUCUUGACACACAGCCAUAGUUCUUCAUAAGCAUACUUAAUAAAAAUCAAAUUUCAAAAAUCUACAACACCUGUACACAUGCGUUUCUUUGUGUUUAGCUGCAUGCUUUAACAAAUGAUGUCCUUGAUGGAAGUGGUGUUCCAACUGAACAAGGCUCUCUCUUUUUAAAAGAUGGUGGUUUUAUUCCUGCCAGAAUAUUGACAUGUUCUUACCCUCUGCAGUUAAACUUAAUAAUUUUAAUGGCAUGCUGAAUUGAAUGAUGUGAAGUGUGGCAUAAUGAAAUUACAACUGUCGAGGCAAUUAGUCUGCUUUCAUGUGAAGUGCUAACUAUGUUGGUGAAAUUCUGGACACACAGCAACACGCACAGAAUGCUGUUUCACCAACAAAUCAGUGGCCUUGUGGACGUGGGGGAAGCAUUUUGGAACACAACCUUUAAAACUCUAGGAUCACCAAUGGAUGGAUUAUUCACCCUUCAUUGCCUCUAAAAUCCAUAUGAAGUCAUACACGUAUGCAAGUUAAAGCUACGGAAAUCAGCUAGACUGUGUAAACUAAUUAUUUCUUGCAAUGGAUGUGAUUCUAAUGUUGAAGCUUGAUUGGAUUAUUUUAUUGGCCACUCAAAUAAAGCUCCCUGAUCUUGAUACUCGUUACGUGGAUAUAUACAUCGACAUGCUCAAUAAGAUAUAGAAUUAUUUCGUUUGGAAAAUGGUAACAUUGGAUUUUCACAUAAAAAUUACUGAGCGGUAAGCAUCUUGGCUUCAGUUUGAUUAUUUCGAUUAUUUAUCAAUUUCUUAGGGAUCGCCCAUGCGAGGGUAUUAACAGUCUCCAUUCUCCUGAGCAGUGGUGGUGCCAGACCUCGGUACAGGGUGGCUGCAGGUGCAGUUGUGGGGUCCACACUUGCACCCGCAGCAACCGCGUGCAGAGGUCAUGGAGCAAAGCAGAAUCGCUUGGGUGCAAAUGAUCCGUCAUUUUUUUCUGGGUUAUGAUGCGAGUCGCAAAACGAAAAAGUUGAUCGCCCUGUUGUAGUAUGUGACAAAAUUUUUGUGGGUUCAAACGGCUUUUCAGUGGGUGCAUUUGCACCCACUGAACACCACUUAGUUCAUGGUAUAAACAUUUUUAAAAAGAGUCACAAAAUGAAAAAUAAAUUGCUCAGAGAACAGUUUAUAUUUAAAAAUAGGAAUUUAUUAAAAUGCUGAGGGACAAGGGUAAAACGAACACCAUAAAAAUCCUUCAUUUAACGGGAGAAUUUAACAGAUUUAGUCCUGAAAAGUAGGUUUUAAAAAGAGAUAUUGUUUAAGCGUUAUUGUCAUAAUUGUUAUAAUUUUCCCCUAAAUAAAACAAAAAUACAAUUUUACUUAUUAAAUCGUGUUGAAGUAAAAAAAACCACCCUGAACGUGAACAUAAUUGUUCACACAAAAGACUGGACUUCAAAUUUUCAACUUUUUACUUGUUUGCAGGUACUGUUCACAAUACCUGUAGAUUCUCCAAAAUAAUCUUCAGUUCACUGUAGAUUCUUUACGAAGUUGUAGAUUCAGAGAAAAUAAUCUACACUUCACUGAACAAAAUGACUUCACAAAAGUAGUUUAAAUAUGGUUAAUCUACUUUAGUUUUUUGUUUGCGGAGAGAAAUGAUAAAAACACGUCCAAAUUUAUCAUUAAGUUCUAGAAAAAAAGUUGCUACAAAAAAUAAUUGUGUUCAGUUUACGCAUAUGUCAACCUCCACUAUGAAGAUCUCUAUGAAGGUAUGAUUUGAACCCUGGGUAAAGGUACACGAAUCAAUUCCAAAAGUUGAAUUCAAAGUAAUUAAAUGUGCACGUAUUAUCACGAAGUAUGAUAUUUUACUGGAGCCUCGUGGGCCCACGAAUCAGGUAUGGGGGAUGUGGGAGCCGCAGACGGAAAACAUCUUCAGUCGUUCUGGGCCCAGGUUAAAGGAGUUCAUAAUAGAGUUAUACACUUAAUAACGAGAGGAAAUCAAGCUGUGGCAUAUCAGAGUAACAGAGGUAUACAACCAGUGACGUACCCCGGCGGGGAGAGGGCCAUAGAGAGCAACUAGCCACAGUCUACCGUAACUGGAUUUUUUUCAAGAGCUAAAGUCUUAAAUUAUGCACACGCUCUGGAUUUCCUGGUGACUAAUUUUCAACUCAUUGGAAUGGAGGGGAACGGUUAACCCUGGGAAUUUGUUAAGAGUUCUUGACGACAAUAUUAUAGAGCAUGCCGUGUUCCAUGUUACCUCAUGCUGUAUUUAAGCACUGUUUAUGGUAUUUACAUUUCUUACAGUUUCUCAUUUACUGGCUAUGAAUGCCCUCUUAAUUUAGUGGUUUACUGACUUUUUGGACUUUAAAGUCAAAUCCUUCGCUUAACCCCCCCAAAAAAAUAACCUACUGUCCCAUCAUUUGGUAGAUUCACCGUGUUAUGGUUUCAUUUCUACCACAUUGUUAUGUAUCUGCACUGUCUGGUAUUACCAACCAGGUUUACCUUUAAAACAUUUUCUUUAGUUCCAAAAAAAAUGUUCUGGAAUGCGUGCCCAUUCAUAUAGUCAGGUUGUACAGUUCAUUUGAUUUCUUAUUGAAUUGCCUUAGACACUCUUUAACCGCUUUUCAAAUUCCAUGUGUUCUUUUGAUUACUUGAAUUAAAAUGAGCGUAUUUGAUUUUUGUAA